CAAACUUCCUCCCUGUCUCUCUCUCUCCAAAGAUAUUAGCAAAAAUUGAGAUUCAUUUCUUGAAGUUUGCUAUGGUUUUCUCUUUCCAUUCAUAGCUCAAACACUACACUUCUGUUUUUUUUCUUUCUUCUCUUUUCUUUGUUGCUCAAAGGACCUCCAAAGAGAAAAGAAAAAGAAGGAAGAAACCUUUCCCAACUUUUCCUUCUCACUCCUCUGAAAUUCAGAGCCUCUCUCACUCCUCUACCCAAUUGGGUUUUCCCCAUUCUUUUCAGUUUCUCUCUCUUUCCAAAUUGGGAUGUGUUAGAAUUGAAGAAGAAGAAGAACAAGAAGUUGCAGAUACAAGUGAGCUUUCUCCUCUUUUUAAAUCCUACCCAAGAUUCCAACUUCCAUUUUCUGAAAACGUUUUCUGGUUCUCUGUCUAUGAUCUUUGAAGCCUCAAUGGGUUCAGAUCCCAUUAGGGUUAUUGGGGUUUUUGGAUUAGGUGCAAGUUAAGCUAAUUUAAGUUUCUUGAUUUGGAAAGAUAUUUGUUUGGAUUUCGAAAAGUUGGGUUCUUUCUAGAUUCCUCAGAAAAAAAAGUAUUCUGAUUCCUUUCAAAAUGCCCCUUGAUUUAACACUCAUUUCAUCCCUCUGAAACCUCCACCCUCCCUUCCAUCUCUCUCUGCAUUCCCUCUUAAGGUUCUCCUUCUCUUGCUCUGUUUCUUCAAAUCCUUCGAGUUUUUCGGUAUGCUAGCGUGAAUUGGAGCUCUUUAAUUCGAUAGUAUGAAGUUUGAGAUGGAGAUUCUGUCCCCUUCGUCCUAUUUUGCGACUUCGAAUAGGCUUAUGGAAGAGAGCAAGAGCGCGAGAUGGACUCCGGCGGAGAACAAAAUGUUCGAAAACGCCCUGGCGGUGUACGACAAGGACGCGCCGGACCGAUGGCACAAGGUGGCGGAGUUGAUACCAGGGAAGACGGUGAGGGACGUGAUGAAGCAGUACGAGGAAUUGGAACUUGAUGUUGGCAAGAUAGAAGCAGGGCUUAUUCCGAUUCCGGGAUACGGCCCCUCUCCAUUCACAUUGGAGUGGGUGAACAGACACGGCGGCUAUGAUGGGUUCAAACAGCAGUCUUAUGGGAUUGGCGGCAAGAGAUCUUCGUCAAAUCGCCCUUCGGAUCACGAAAGAAAGAAAGGGGUUCCGUGGACAGAAGAAGAACACAAGCUGUUCCUAAUGGGACUGAAGAAGUAUGGCAAGGGGGACUGGAGGAACAUCUCGAGGAAUUUUGUGGUGACACGAACACCGACUCAGGUGGCUAGUCAUGCACAGAAGUACUUCAUCAGGCAGCUUUCCGGGGGGAAGGAUAAGCGAAGAGCCAGCAUCCAUGACAUAACUGUCAAUCUCAACGACAUGAGAACUCCGUCUCCAGACAACAAAAGUCCUCUCUCUCCAGAGCUGCCUCAGCAUCCGAAUUCUGCUGCCACCGCUAGGGCUCCGUUUCAGUGGCAUCAGCCGCAAGGCGGUGGAGUAAACUUGGGUUUUAAUCAAGGGCAUGGAAAUAUGUUCAUGUCCUCCCAUCCUUAUGGGAUUAGUUCAUACGGACAAAAAAUGCAGGGGCAGGAUCUGCACAAAGGUGCUGCUAAUAACUUGUACUAUGGACCGCAAAAUUUGGGUUUUCAGAUGCAAUCCUCGCAGCACUACCCGCACGGAUGAUCUAUCAGUGGCAGCUCUCCUGUCCUCAAUCCUCUGCAGCUUCAUAUGCCAAUAUGGUCUUUUAGUUCAUUAGUGUAGCUUGAUCCAAGCUUCCUUUUUUUUUUUCAUGGUUUAAUGUAAAUAUGUUGUUCACAACUUUGAGUUAGCCAAGCAGUAUUUGAGGGGAACAGGAUCCAAGUUUUUCUUGGAAUUUCAAAUUAUGAAAUAUGAAACUGAGUUGAAGCAUCUCAAA